ACGCCUACCAAGUGUAGUUUGAGUUGCAGUUUACACUUCAGCCGUUGGUUUGGGAGCAAAACUGUCUUCCUUGCGAUUCAAAGCUCAUGCCUGCCCAGUUCGUAUGCGCGUACUGCCGCCAAGAAGGUGAAUCCGUUGGCUUCUCUCGCCUAAGCAUCAAGACCAGUCUCCCUAAAACCAUAUCCUAGUUAAUUUGUUACCAAGGAGCUUAUGAUGGAUGCCGAUGGCUCAUCUCGAAGGACUCCAGAAGCAUCGCGCUCUGUCUCUGCUCAAGACCCCAGAUUCAAUCAGAACCCUGUACCAUCUGAAGGCUCUCCUCGCGUGUCUUCUUCGCGCCGGUCUUCACCAGAGCAGCUUUGCUGUUGGCAACUUCGUCGCCCAUUGUUCAGCACUGGGGUUCAUGGAUUACGCAGCCUGCCUGUUCGACCAAAUGCUCGAACCAAACUCCUUCGUUUGGAACACCAUGAUUCGGGGUUUCCAGCAAAAUCACGAACCCAGAAAGGCUCUUCUCUUUUUUGAUCGGAUGAGGUUGCGGGAUGUUCGGCCCGAUUGCUUCACAUUCCCUUUUGUGGUGAGGGCUUGUGCUGAUACAAAGGAGAUUUAUAAAGGAAUGUGCGUUCAUGGUCAGUCGUUUAAGGUUGGUCUAGAGUUCGAUGUUUUUGUAGGCACCAGCUUGAUUGAUUUUUAUGGUGCUUUCGAGGAUAUGAAGGCUGCCCUGCAGGUGUUUGAUGGAAUGUCCGUGAAGGAUACAGUGGCGUGGACCAUUGUAUUAGGUUUGUAUGUGAAUCAGUUUGGUGAUAUGGAAACUGCUCGUAGGUUGUUCGAAGAAAUGCCCCUUAAGGAUCUUGUGGCUUGGAAUACAAUAAUUGGGGGUUAUGUGAAAGUUGGGAACAUUGAGCUUGCUAAGAUGUUAUUUGAUCAAGCACCCAGUAAGGAUUUAUUGAUGUACAAUACAUUAUUAAGUGGCUACGCAAAACAUGGUGAAGUCGAUGUUUUGCUUCGUUUCUUUCGUGAUAUGCCUCUAAGAGAUUUGGUGUCUUGGAACUCAGUAAUUGGAGGGCUCGUGCAUAAUAGACGGAUUAACGAAGCUGUUGCAUACUUUCAACAGAUGCAAAUGGAGAAUGUCAAUCCUAAUGAGGUGACACUAGUGACUAUUCUUUCUGCUUGUUCCCAAGUGGGAGGGUUAGAUAUUGGAAGAUGGCUUCAUUCAUACAUUGAUAGAAAUAAACUUGAGUGGAACAUAGUGGUCGGGACUGCUUUGGUGGACAUGUAUUCGAAAUGUGGUGAUUUGGAGAGUGCUGAAUAUAUAUUUAAUAAAAUGUUGGAUCGUGAUGUUGUUGCUUGGAAUGCAAUGAUUAUGGGGUUUUCCAUGAAUGGGCAGAGCAAAAGCGCAUUAGAGUUCUUCUAUAGAAUGAGAAAGGAAGCUGUGGAUCCCAAUGAUGUUACAAUUCUUGGGGUCUUGUGUGCUUGCACUCAUGCAGGAUUGGUAGACGAAGGGCAGAAGUGUUUUGAUAGUAUGCCCCAUGAGCUAGGCUUAACACCCAAACUAGAGCAUUAUGGUUGCAUGGUUGAUCUUCUUGGUCGAGCAGGCUUGCUAAAUGAAGCCUACGAGUUGAUCCAAACUAUGCCUCUUGUGCCACAUAUUGGGGUCUGGGGGGCUUUGCUUGGGGCUUGUAAGAUCCAUGGCAAUGUAGAACUUGCAGAAAGCGCAAUCGAAAAAUUGAUCCAGCUUGAUCAUGAAGAUGGGGGUUACCUGGCAAUAAUGUCCAAUAUUUAUGCUAAUGCUGGUAGGUGGGAUGACGUUGCUAAGGUUAGGAAAUUGAUGAGGGACAAAGGGAUUGGUAAGUUAUGGGGUUGUAGCUCCAUAGAGAUCAAUGGGGAGAUUCAUGAGUUUGGGGUACAGCAAAGGAUUCACCCUAGAAUAAAAGAAAUCCACACCAUGAUAGAUGAAAUCUCCAAGCAUUUAAGGAUGGCUGGCCAUAUUGCAAGCACAAAUGAAGUGUUUUUUGAUUUGGAGGAAGAAGAAAAAGAGAAGGCAUUAUAUUUUCACAGUGAGAAAAUGGCCGUUGCCUUUGGACUUAUUGCCACCGAUAAGGGCACUGUGAUUCGGAUAGUGAAGAACUUGCGAAUUUGUGCUGAUUGCCAUGGGGCUAUGAAGCUAAUUUCGAAGAUCUAUGAAAGAGAUAUAGUAGUCAGGGAUCGAAAUAGGUUCCACCAUUUCAAGGAGGGUUCUUGUUCUUGUGGGGAUUAUUGGUGACUCCAGUUUUAACGUCAGAAAACUAGAAUGAGGACCUGUAGGAAAUCCAGUCAUACACCAAAAAGGCAGGCAACCUGGCAUGCAUCUUCCAGAGCUAGUUUCUGUUUCAAAGCUGACUCCAACUUUGUCCUAAUCAUGGUUGAUUACUUGUGACAAAUCUCUAACAAGCAGAGACCGUACAAGCUUCCAAAACAAAACUCGAUAAAUCCAUCUUCAGGUGUCAAUUCAAAUGCACCGAAGGGAAAGCGCAAGUGUGUGGCAGCAAAGCCAAUUGAAAUUAAUUGUGCUGAUCAUUAUUGAGCGGAGUAGAAUGACCACCUUGAAAACUGGGAUUUUGCAUUUGUCCAUUAAAGGUUUGAAAGUGAGAUUUGAAACAUUGUGUCAUGCUUUUUUCUCCACAUGUAAAAUUAAAAAGAAGGCAUGUAAAGGAAGAAAAAUUGCUGCAUCAUCAAACAAAAUGCAGAGUAAUGGUUUUUGAGGACCGGUUUCUGUGGCAUGGACUGCUGUUUUUUAAAGUUUUUCAUAUUUUGUUUGGGAGGUUCAAACUCAUGAAUAAAUUUGGGUCUGAAUUAAGAGAUUGAGCAUUAAA